UCGGGAUCUCGGUGUGGGGUCGGGAUUGGAUGAGCCAUGUGUUUGGGGGUGUUCCCAGGCAUGCCUGGAUUUGGGCUCCGGUUGCAGCAUGGGGCCUUCCCCUCAUCAGGGAGCCCAUGGCCAGUGCUAGAUUUUCCACAGCCCUCUGCAGCUGCCCACGUGUUGUUGUGGGAGAGGUGAUGGCGCCCACAGCACUCCUGUGUGCCCCAGCCCAUGCCAUCCUUCCAGUAACUGGAGGGUGGUGGGUGGGGCCGCAGCCCCGACCAGAGGCAGCUCCCUCUUAGUGUCAGAGCUCAAAGCUCUUCAUCUAACAAGGGCUUCUUACAUGAUGUGGCCGAGCAUUGGUCGUGGCCCUCCUGGUGACACCAGGCUGGGAAGCCAGGGAGGAGUAGGGCCCUGGCCGUGGCUGUGCGUUGGCCCCGGGGCAGUGACAGGGCAGAUGCUGCUCCCUUGGCCACGCACAGGAGAGGGGUGCGUGGGCAUUGGGAAGUGGCGCGUCCCCCCUCCCCAAGCUGCUGCUGGCCAACUGAUGCUGCUUCUCACAAUGCUGUUUCCUGUCUCGUGUCCGCCCUCUGCGUCCUUGCCGGUGGCAGGCUGUUGGAGACAGGGAGCCCACACAGAAUCCUGACUUCACCAGAAAUGGGGCCCCAGGCACUUGGUGGGCAGGUUUGGCUGUGACUGGAGCUGGUGGUGAGGGACACAGCCAUCCCAAGGCUAGGCCGGGUUUCCAGUCCUUCCUCAGGGACUUGUUUAUGGUGCCUGAGGGCUCCUUCCUGGUCCUGAGAUGAUGCUCUGGCCCCGCCUGGGCAGCUGCCCCAGCCCUGUUCCUGCCAGCCCUGGGCUUUGGUGAUGCAGCACCUCUCGCUGCCCGGCCUCCUGGCCCACUCCACCCCCUCACCCUGCUCCGCCUGUGCUGUGACCCAGUCGUCUUACAAGGAUUGAACACCUCCGGUUGGGAUGGGAACCUGUCUGUUCACUGUCACCAGGUGUUUCUCAGGCAUCCCCAGGUGUCCUCACGUGCCCUCAGGUGUCUCUCACGUGCCCUCAGGGUGUCUCUCACGUGCCCUCAGGUGUCUCUCACGUGCCCUCAGGGUGUCUCUCACGUGCCCUCAGGUGUCUCUCACGUGUCCUCAGGGUGUCUCUCACGUGUCCUCACGUGUCUCUCACGUGCCCUCAGGUGUCUCUCACGUGUCCUCAAAUGUCUCAGCGUGUCUCUCACGUGUCCUCACGUGUCUCUCAUGUGUCCUCGGGUGUCUCUCACGUGUCCUCGGGUGCCUCUCACGUGUCCUCGGGUGUCUCAGGGUGUCUCUCACGUGUCCUCAUGUGUCUCUCACGUGCCCUCAGGGGUGUCUCACAUGUCCUCAGGUGUCUCUCACGUGUCCUCACAUGUCUCUCAUGUGUCCUCAGAUGUCUCUCAGCAUGUCUCACGUGUCUCACGUGUCCUCAGGUGUCUCUCACGUGUCCUCACGUGCCCUCAGGUGUCUCUCACGUGUCUCUCACGUGUCCUCAGGUGUCUCUCACGUGUCCUCAGGUGUCUCUCACGUGUCUCUCACGUGUCCUCAGGUGUCUCUCACAUGUCCUCAGGUGUCUCUCACGUGUCCUCAGGGUGUCUCUCAGGUGUCCUCAGGUGUCUCUCACGUGUCCUCAGGUUGUCUCUCACGUGUCCUCAGGUGUCUCUCACGUGGCAGGUGUCUGUCACGUGUCAGGUGUCUCUCACGUGUCAGGUGUCUCUCAGGUGUCCCCAGGUGUCUCUCACGUGUCAGGUGUCUCUCAGGGUGUCUCUCACGUGUCAGGUGUCUCUCAGGUGUCCCCAGGUGUCUCUCACGUGUCAGGUGUCUCUCAGGGUGUCUCUCACGUGUCAGGUGUCUCUCAGGUGUCCCCAGGUGUCUCUCACGUGUCAGGUGUCACGUGUCCUCAGGUGUCUCUCACAUGCCCUCAGGUGUCUCUCAGGUGUCCUCAGGUGUCUUUCACGUGUCCUCAGGUGUCUCUCACGUGUCAGGUGUCUCUCAGGGUGUCUCUCAUGUGCCCUCAGGUGUCUCUCACGUCCUCAGGUGUCUCUCACGUGUCCUCACGUGUCCUCAGGUGUCUCUCACGUGUCUCACGUGUCCUCAGGUGUCUCUCACGUGUCUCUCACGUGUCCUCAGGUGUCUCUCACGUGUCCUCAGGUGUCUGUCACGUGUCAGGUGUCUCUCACGUGUCUUCAGGUGUCUCUCACGUGUCGGGUGUCUCAGGUGUCCGCAGGUGUCUCUCAUGGAUCCCCAGGCAUCCUCAGGUGUCACUGGCCCCGUGGAGAGCUCUGUGCUGAGCUGUUUUCUGUUGUCUAGGACAUCUCGCUUUGGUCUAAUCAUGUUUUCUUCAGAGAACAGUGACCACCAGGGAAAUUUUGGUCAUUUUUGCACUUUAGUCUUUAUUUUAUAUGCAUUCCUGCUAUUUCCAUUUAUUUAAAUACACUUGAAAUUCUCUGGAUUCUUUAACAGAUGUCAGGAUAUGAGUUUUAAGAGAGAGUGGCUUGUGGGUCACAGCCUUGAGGGAUCUGAGCAGGAUUGCCUUCCCUGCGCUCCGUUCCCCGCCUCCCGCUUCCCUGCGUCCCCCGCCCCCCACCGUGUGUGCUCCCACACAGCUGUCCUGAGUGAGCGGUUCCAGAUCCCAGGCAGCUUUUGUGGCCCCCUUUCCUGCCAGUGGAAGGUGACAAAAACCUCACUCUGCAGAAGUUUUGUGGCCAUUGGAAGUAGUGGUUUGUGGAAGCCCUACCAUGUUAUACAGCGGAUCACGGCUUUUCAGUAAAUGCCAUUUUGAUAAAAGCUAAAAAUUCAGUUUUUGUUUUGCUUUAUAAUUAGAUUAUAGGUUUGAUUAUAAGUUGAUUGGGAAUUAUAAGUUUGAUUUUGUAGGUGCUGUAUAUCAUAGCAGAGUGUAUCUGGGUGAAUAAUUGUAGCACCACUUCCGUCUUUACUGCCGGUAUGAAUAAACUGGAGGAAAAUGAAUGAGAAGAUUAUCUUACUGAUGUGCUUUAAACUUCAUCACUGAAAGUCAAGUUCCUGAUUUAAAUUCAGCUGUACGGGUGGAGCUUGUCAUUGCUGUUUUGUGCUUUGCAAAAUCCCAGUGAUAGGAAUUAAAGCUGACAAAUGACAAAUGUCUCUUAAACCUUUUUAUAUACCAGAGGUUUACAGAAAACUGGGCUGGCUCAUUCUGACACGAGGGGUGGGGCUUAGUCCGGGCGUGUGAGUGAAAGCGGUGGGGGGGUCAUUAGGUCUCUGACCUUCACCAGUCAGCAGGUGCAGGGCUUGUCAAGGUCAGGGUCUUUUGCGGAGCAAAUGCUUGUGAAGCCUGCGGUGCUGCAAAGCUUAGCACAUGCACAGGAAAGUGUGCAGGACAGAUGUGCUCAGCUGGCAGGAGCAGCGGCCUGUGUGAGCCCCUGGGGAGAAGCAGCCCCCACCCAGGCCUGUGUCCCAGAAGUCGGCAUCUGUGGUCGCAGCAGCCUUUCCUUUGCAGCUGCGCCACUGGCCCUGUCUCUCUGGACACUGCAGUUAACCUUAGUCCAUCUAUAGGAUUCUGUGUCUGAGUGGGGUCACACUACACGCAGACAUCGUAAUCUCAGUUUUUAGAGUGUGUGAAAUUAAGGUGCAAACAGUGUGCUCUUAGGGCAGAAGAGAUGCCUUAAAUCAGGAGUCCCCAACCCCUGGGCCUGUUAGGAAGCCGGCCGCACAGGUUCUCAGGUGCGCAAACCCCACUGUAAACAGCACAUGCAGGAUCUAGGCGGCACUCCGUAUGAGAAUCAAAUGCCUGAUGAUCUGAGGUGGGACAGUUUCUUCCCGAAACCACCCCCAGCCCCAGUCUGUGGAAAAACUGUCUUCCACAAAACUGGUCCCUGAUACCAAAAAGGUGGGAGAUCGCUGCUUUAAAACACCAAGGCUCACUGUGGAGCCAGUGAGGAGGGGGGCUCCUGGGGGAGGAGGGCUGGCCUCGGGCACGGUGGACCUCCGGCAGGUCCUCUGCUGUGGGAUGCUUCCACCUGGAGGUCCAUUUUCCAAUGACCGCUGGUGUGGAAGCUGCAAAACUUUAGAGUCAAAAGACUGUCUGAAGCCAUGUAAAGACUGUGUCUGGAGCCGUGUAAAGACUGUAUGUGAAGCCGUGUAAAGACUGUGUGAAGCCGUGUAAAGACUGUCUGGAGCCGUGUAAAGACCGUGUCUGGAGCUGUGUAAAGACUGUAUGUGAAGCCAUGUAAAGACUG